AUGCGACUUCAUCCUUUUCUGGCUAUUCUCUCCUUGCUCGCUGCCCCAACGGGAGUUCUCUCCCGGGGAGGCCAUGGCGGCUCUAGCAGUGGCAGUGAUAGUGACAGUAGCAGUGGCAGUGGCAGUGGUGGUAGUGGCGGAUACUCCGAUAGCGAUGCCGAUGGAAGUGAUGCAUCGUCAACUUCUGAUUAUGAAUGGGGUGGCGGCUGCACGGAUUCCCAUCGCCUCAACUUCGACGACCUUCAGCCUUCCCACUACGAUCAAUACAACCGUGAUCCCCGUGCUGGUCAUGCGAGUGCCUAUAGUGAAUUCGAUGGCAUCUUCAUGAAAGGCUUUGCAAGUUUCAAAUACACCAUCGAUGUACUGCCAGUGACUAGGGCGGAGGGUGAAUCAUUUACACUUUACGAUCCAGAGUGUCCAGCUGGCCAGCAGUCCUUGCGCAUGUUGGGAGUCGCAUGGAUUGCGGGCAAACCACCCAGGCCUUCGGGGCCGAAAAAUCCCAUCGCGAUCGGCUUCAAGGCCUGGGAAAGCAAGGUCCGUCUGUCGGAUAUCGAUUAUUCGUACAGCGUGUGCGACAAGGUGGACUUGAUGCACUUUGGCACGACGGUCGACAAGAUGCGCCCCAAUGAUGAAGACAAAGAUGAGGACGAGGACGUGGCCACGCAAGCCAUGGAUGCUGUGGAAUUGAACAUCACCCAGGCACCUGGGGACCCUAACAAGAUCCAGUUCGAUGGAGUCUAUGAUUUGAAGAAUUGGCAGAACAGCAAGCCAGGCGAUGUCGAUAAGGAAAGGUUCGACGAUCCCGGUCUUUGGGACCAGAUGCUUUACCUACCGAAAGGUACAUGUCGUGAGACUUCUGAAGGUCUUAGCCAGGCGAUGAUGAAGUGGGCUGGUACGCACGUCAAUGGGUCUUUGACCAAUGACACCUUGGAGCUCAAUCUGUCCGGAACCUCUGUCGCUGCAUUCCCAAGGGAUUAUAGCGACAACAGCACAUAUGCGAAUGUGACGUUCGAGAUAUCGUUCACGGGUUAUUUGGACACUGCAAAUUCCACACAAGUGAUCCGGACAGGUGCAGCAAGUCAGAAUGAGUCCCUCAUCACUUUUGACAGGGCGAGUAGUGCGACUGCCACUUCGGGACUAUCGCUGUAUCUGUUAGUGUUGUCUUUGGGAAUUAGUUCCAGUGUGUUUAUUUGA